GGUUCCGGUGUUUCACUCAGAUCAGCGGAAAUGGAAACACGCGCUGUUUGAGCGCGUGCUGUAAGGACAGAGAAAUCCAUCAUUUAAAAACAACAACAAAACAUCAGUUAUCGAUCAGAAAUGACGAAGGUGAAGAAGGAGAAGUUGGAGGAGGAGGCGGUUCCGGCGGCUGGCGGGUCCGAAAGGAGCUACCAGGAGCUGGUGGCCCACCUGAACCCCAUCUCGCAGCCUCUGGCCCCGCGGAAACUCAGCAAGAAGCUGUACAAAUGCGUCAAAAAGGCUGCCAGAGUGAAAAACAUCCGGAGAGGAGUGAAAGAAGUGCAGAAGUUCCUGAAGAAGGGAGAGAAGGGGAUUGUGGUCCUGGCGGGCGACACCCUGCCCAUCGACGUGUACUGUCACGUGCCCGUCAUGUGUGAGGACAGGAACCUGCCAUACGCCUUCAUCCCUUCCAAGAUGGACCUGGGCUCGUCUGCAGGCUCCAAGCGGCCCACCUGUGUGAUCCUGAUCAAAUCUCACCCGGACUACCAGGAAGCAUUCGACGAGUGUCUGCAGGAAGUGUCCAACCUGCCCAAACCGCUCUGAGCCAAUCAGGAAACCGCUCUGAGCCAAUCAAGAAGCAGUGCUCAUCAACAGAACUUUUGUUUGUUUUUCUCCCAGAAUCCUCCAGUCUCACCUGAGUGCUAACACUUUCCACCUGUUCCCAGUGUUUGCGCUAAGCUAGGCUAGCUGACGGACUCGUGAGCGCUGGUUUGUUUGUUUUUUGUUUUUUUGUCCAAACUUUUAUUAAAAUGUUCAAACAGAAACGUCUGAAGUUUUUUGAGGCAACCAGAAGCAGCUGCUGCCUUUAAACACUUUUGUGUUUGUUUGUUUAUUUUUGUCAUAUGCAGGUUAACGCAAAGUCAACA